AUGCGAGAAAUUCAGCUACAUUCACCUAAAAUAGAAAACUUGAUGUCUGAACAGUUAGUCACUAUGCCACUAAUGCAUACUAAUGGCAGAGAUGGGCAAGAACUUCAAGCUUAUUCACUGGGGACAGAAUACUUGUUGUCAGCACAGUUAACAGCUCCUUCUCCCAUCUUCAUUGCUGAAAGUGAUAAGCAAGAAAUACAACUUGAUGCACAUGAAGUGCCAGACUUGGUUUCAGAAGUGUUGAACUUUUCAGCUGGUUCUAUUAAUAAAGAAGAGAAGCAUGAUAUUGAUUCUUCUUUGCCUGAUGCAGAAUAUACGUCAUCUGAACAAUCAAUGGCUGUUUCAUCAGACUUUAUUGAUGAAACCGUGAUGCAAGAAAAUCAGUCUUAUUCAGCUGAAGUAGACAGUUUCCCAUCAACACAGUUAAAAACCACCGUAGUUAGGCCUUUUAAUGAAACAGAGAAUCUAGAAAUUCAAGCCUAUGCUUUUGAGGAAACUGCUUUGUUGUCAGAAGAGUCAAAAACUGGCUCAGCUGAUCCUAUAAAUAAUAACAAAGCAGACAAGCAAGAAAUUCAGUCUUUUCCAAAUGAAGCUGAAUACUUUGAAUCAAAACAAUUUCCAGGUAGACUUCAGACAGCACGUACAGCCCAAAGUACUAAUGAGAAUAAAUCAGACAUGACAAUGGUAUCUGAUUUUGUUUCAAAUGAAGCUUCCCGUAAUCUUCUAUCAGAGCCUAUUAAUGAAACCCACACACAUAAUUUAUACUCCUCACUACCAGGUAAUCCAGUCUCAGAUAAAAAUGUAAAUAAUGUAACAGUAACUAGCAUUGGAGACCUUUCAACAGCAGAAGAAAUACAGCAUUUUUCAAAUGUAGAAGCAGGGUCAAAAGAGCCUGAACAUUAUCUACCGAGAGAAGAGAAAUUAACAGAACAUGUGCACUCUGCAGAAGAAUCCAAAUAUACUCCAGAACCUGAUGAACAAAAAGAUAUGUUUAAUAUCAUUUCAGAAGGUUAUGAGAUAUUGAACAUUCAUGCUGUCCCACUCAUUUCUUCAGUGGAUGAAGAAGAAAGCAAACACAUGCCAGAUAAACUAGAAUACUUAGAAACAAAUACCCUCAUUAAAACAAAACUGUCUGAUUGUGGUGACCAUGAAGCGUCAGCAUAUGGAACAGUUACAGAAAUUUCAGAAAACUCAGUGGCAGAUGACACUGGAGUUAAAGAUAUGGAACAAAAAGAACUUGUUGAAGUAGAUGCUCAGGAAAUUGUAGAAACAGAGGAGGAAAUUUCCACUCUGUCAGAAAAUAAAAGUGGCGAAGUUUUGAAUCCUAAUGAGAGUACCAUUGAGAUGGAUUAUUUUGAAAAGUAUACUUUGAUUGAUGACAAAUCUCCCACUGAACUAUCUGUUCAGGGGCUAUCUCCCUUUGAUGCUGUAAUGGCAAACCCUAAGAAACCUACAGAAGAAACCAUCUCUUCAACUGGAAAUUCUGAUGUUAAUACUUCGGAAGAUGAAUUUACUUUACUAGAUAAUGACUUAGAUGAAGCCUUUUAUGGAAUGAUAGAACAAGAAAGCAAGAUGCAGUCUCAUGCAGAUGCUCAGAAAUUUUUGACUAUGCAAAAAUCAAUUGACUGUAGUAAAAAAGUGAUAAAUAUAGAAGAUGAACAGAAGUUAGCAGGCACACCCUUAUUUGAUACAGAAGAAGGAGUGUUAGAACGGUCUAUGUUGUUUCCCACAUCAGUCAGCGCAAUUAACCCAGAACUUCUAGAGGAGCCACCUGCACUGGCAUUUUUAUACAAGGACCUCUAUGCAGAAGCCGUGGGAGAAAACGCAAAAGGUGAAAAUGAGCCUCCUUCUGAUGAAGAGAGUGGGAAUUCUGAUGCAUCUUUUCCUAGAAAUUCUGACACAGAUGAUGAAACUGGAAUAUAUUUUGAAAAAUACAUUCUUAAAGAUGAUAUUCCUUGCAACGCAGCUGGGUCUCAGAAAGAUCAAGUUUCAAAAGCUCAGUCUAUUAAUAAAGACCUGUCAGGCCAACUGGGGGUUUCAGGAGACAAACAUAAGGAUUUUUAUGAGGUAAUUGAAAAGGAGCAGCAAUCUGUUCAUAUUUUAUCUGAAGAAUCCACCAAAACCCAGGUCUUGUCUGAAGGAGAAAUUGUGGUGGGAGAGACAAUCCCGUUUAUUACUUAUAUUAAAGUAACAAUUUGUCAACCAACUCAGGCAGUUCCUUUUGGAAGCACGCUUAAUAUUUCAGAUGCAAGAAAUGAUCCCACUAGUCAACAAGAGGAAGAAAAUACACCUGCAGUAACACACGAGGAAUUGUCAGAGCAAAUGAGUCAUGAAGAGUCCAGUCAAGUACUAGAUUCUGAGGUAAUUGCUAAUCAAAAAGAAGCAUCUGUGCAAGAUAAAUCAAAGACAGUAACUCCUCGAACAGAUGAGCGGAAAGAAGAACAUGAAAUAGCAAUAGUUAAUAAAAUGGAUAAUUACGUGCCUCAUGGAAGAACACCUGUUGAUGAAAGUGAAAGCAAUCAAUAUGUUCAUACUCCUCAGCAACCAGAGCAAUUAAUUUCAUAUUUAAAUAAUCACCUUCAACCCUUGACAAAAGAGGCAUAUGAUUUAGACCAUGAUCGUUUUGAAAGUGUGAACAAUGGAGAAAAAUAUCUAUUUGAUACAGAUGAGCAGACAAAUGAAAAAAGAGUCAGAGAAAAGAUUGCCAACAAUAUAGCAAAGCAUAACCUAGAAGUAGUUAAGACUGGCCUUCCAGAACCUGGAGUAAAGUUUGAUAAGGCAUCAGGUGAUUUAAACAUACAGCCUUUUAGACGUGAUUUCGAUAACCUUCCAUCAGAUUCAACAAGAGAGGAGCAGUGCUUGGAGACUGAUGAACAUCUUGCUGAGUCGAUGGAUUAUGAAGUGAUUACCCAAGAAGAACUUUUGCAAGAUGAAAUAUCCUCUGAAUUGGCACAUGAAGAUUUAUUGUUUGAAGACAGGGAAUCGUUUGACCAGAUUAGCUAUAGUUAUGAAUCUGUAAAUGAGGCAGAGCAAGAGACACCCAUUGAACAUGAGGAUUCAGGCUUUGUGGUGAUGAAUUCUGAAAAAUCAUCACUCGACAUAUCUGAAAGUGAGAGUCAACAAAAAGAAAUUAAGAAGGCCCAUGUUGAUACUUAUUGCUGCCAGUGCAGGUGCCCAAUUUCUGCUAUUGACAAGCUUUUUGGGGAGCAUGAAGGCCAUGAUGUGACAACACUGGACACUGCUGUAAUGGAUAUGAAGGAUCAGUUAGACGAAUUUCUAGGAGAGUUACAGCAAAGGUCAGUGAAGUUUGAGGAGUUGGUUAGUGAAAUAGAAUCCCUGUUUAAUUCUGUUGAGGAAAAUAGUAAAAAAAAUGAGCAGGUUUUAGAAGACCAAAAUGAAGAGAUGGUUAAGACAGUGAUAGCCCAGUAUGAUGAGAUGUCCCAGAACUUUGAGGAGGUGAAGAAGAUGAAAAUGGAAUACUUGUAUGACCAGAUGAUUAACUUUCAGCAAAGUAUUGUUGAGGCGAAGGAAACCUUAGAGAGAACUGUAAUGGAAACUGAAGAACUUGAUGAUGUUGUUUCCCUAAAUUUAUCUAAAGAAAUGAAUAAAAGGUUACUUUCUGCAAUGGAUAAAUCUCUCUCAUUAGAAAAAAUGCCCAGUGCAUUUUCACUUUUUGACCAUUAUGCAGACGCUUCAGUGAGAAGUGACCAGAAUACCUUAAAAUGUGUCGCUGUUCCACAGACGCCAAAAUUGCUAUCCCAGGAACCAAACUCUGCUACAAGCACAUCAAUUGCAAUCUAUUGGACUGUGAGUGAAGGAGACAUCAUUGAUUGCUUCCAGGUGUAUUGCAUGGAGGAGCCUCAACCGAACAAAGUUCAAAGUGCCUUGGUGGAAGAAUACAGAGUUACAGUGAAAGAGAGUUACUGCAUUCUGGAAGACCUGGAGCCAGAUCGCUAUUAUGGUGUGUGGGUCAUGGCUGUGAACUAUACAGGAUGUAGCUUACCGAGUCGCAAAUCCACUUUCAGAACUGCACCCUCUACCCCCUUACUAAAGGCAGAAGACUGUACUGUGUGUUGGGACACUGCCAUCAUCCGAUGGAGCACAGCCAGCUCAGAAGCAACAGAGUCUUUCACACUGGAGUACUGCAGACAGUACUCUCCGGAAGGAGAGGGUCUCAGAUCUUUUGCUGGAAUAAAAAAGCCUGAACUGCAAGUUAAUCUGCAGCCCAAUGUGAAUUAUUUCUUCUAUGUGAGAGCUGCCAACUCAUCUGGGACAAGUGAACAGAGUGAAGCCGCCCUCAUCUCAACGAAAGGAACUAGAUUUCAUGUGAUGAGUGACACAGCUCAUCCUGCUUUGCAAGUGUCGUCCGAUGGAACUGUGAUAUGCCUUCCUGAGAGAACUAAAUUCACUGGAAUUCCAUCUGUCCUGGGUGAGCUGCUGCCAGCUCGUGGUCUGCAUUACUGGGAAAUCACCGUCACUGGCUGCAAAGGCUACCGGAUUGGAAUCUGCUAUAACUCUACACUAGAAGGCAGCAUCCUGGGGCAGGAUGAUACUUCUUGGUGCAUAUGUUAUUGUUCUACACAAACAAGUUUCAUUUAUAAAUUCUUCCACCAUGGUGUAAUGAGUGAUGUUUACAUGACGGAGCAGCCAGCCAGGGUCGGCAUUCUGCUGGAUUAUAAUGUUGGGAGACUUUCAUUCUUCAAUGCAGAGAGAGGACUAGCUCUGUUCACCAUCAGGCACAGAUUUACUAAUGCUGCUCACCCUGCCUUUGUUCUGGAGAAAGCUGGCGUACUUAACCUGCACACAGGAAUGGAGCUGCCAGAGUUUGUGAAACACAGCUAA